UUUUCCUCUGUGCAGUGUGCCAGUUAAACAAUGAGACCUUUAGUGAUCCUUACCACCCUGGUGGCCAUUGCCACGGCCGAACCUCCAUCCGGCUAUAGCUACAGUCCCCCAUCAACCUCUUACGGAGCACCCUCAGGGGGAGGUGGCGGUUUUGGAGGCGGUUUCGGAGGCGGUAGCGGUGGCGGCUUCCACGGAGGAAGUACCGGAAUAGGAGGAGGAUUUGGAGGAAGCUCUGGAGGCGGUUUCGGAGGCGGAAUCGGAGGUGGUUUCGGAGGUGGCUCAGGAGGCGGUUUCGGAGGUGGUUCCGGAGGCGGUUUCGGAGGCGGUUUCGGCGGUGGUGCCGGAGGCGGUUUCGGCGGUGGAGCCGGAGGCGGCUUCGGAGGCGGCACCACCGUCCAAAAGCACAUCUACGUCCACGUACCCCCACCAGAGCCUGAAGAAUUCAGACCACAAAGACCCAUCCAAGUCGGCCAGGCCCAGAAACACUACAAGAUCAUCUUCAUCAAGGCCCCAUCCGCCCCAGCCCCAACCGCCCCAGUCAUCCCAGUCCAACCCCAGAACGAAGAGAAGACCCUCGUCUACGUCUUGGUCAAGAAACCAGAAGAAGCACCAGAGAUCCAGAUCCCAACCCCAGCCCCGACCCAACCCAGCAAACCGGAGGUCUACUUCAUCAGAUACAAGACCCAGAAGGAAGGCGGCGGUAUCGGAGGAGGCAUUGGAGGCGGUAUUGGAGGUGGCAUUGGAGGAGGUAUUGGAGGUGGCAUUGGAGGCGGAAUUGGAGGAGGAAUCGGCGGUGGUAUUGGCGGCGGUAGCGGCAUUGGCGGCGGCGAUUUCGGCGGUAUCGGCGGUGGAAUCGGCGGCGGUAGCGGUAUCGGAGGCGGCAGCGGCGUCUCCACCAGCUACGGCCCCCCAGGCAAAUCUGGCCCCUACUAAGUCAACGAUCAGAACGUCACACUUGGCCUCGAGUCGGCACCAGGCUCGAUGCUACCAAAUACACUGCUAUGGUGAUCACUUUUUGCCUUUUGGUGGAAGGUUUUUGGUGCUCGUUGGACAGGCCUGAAGCCACCUUAGCUCUUC